UAUAAAUUCACAUCUAUGUACUUAUUGCGACAGAAGAAGAAAAGGGACAGAUUGCGCCAGUCAAUCCUCCAGUACCAGAUACCGGAUGCUCCAACAUUGGAGGAAUUUGAGUGCUUGCUUGGAGAAUCACCCACAAAUUAUCCCAAGGGUGAAGCAGUGGAGGAUAUAGAGAGCGAACUACAUUCUGCUGCUAUUGACACAGAGGUUUAUGAAAAACAGGCUGCUGAGAAAGCAGCUUAUGAGAAGGAACGCAGUCUGCAAAAUGUUGAAACAACAAAUGAGGUGUUGAUGUUGGCUGAGAGUUCUCAAGAUGAAAUCGAUGCUGUUGAACUUGAUUUAGAAUCCAAGGACACCUUAAACAAUGAAAUAGAUCAAAUCCAAGUAAGCGUUUCCGCUAUUCAAUUAGUGGACACAUUGAUCGAUCCUGAAGAAGUCAGUCAGUCAGCCUUGGAAGACCCUGAAGAUCUGAUCAAAAUGAAGAUUCCAAGGCAGAAGGCUUUAUCAAAGCAAACAGAAAUUGCGGAGAGUAAGAAGGACAUUCUGAACUCUGCAUUCAAGGAUGUCAGACCUUUUACGGAACAACAAUUGACGUCUUUGUAUCACAAUCAGGAAUUAACGUUGGUGGACGCCUUCGUAACUGAGUUUACAGAGACGCAGUUAAGAUGCGGACCGUUGAGGCAACAGCAUAGACUGCACGAAUUGCUGAUGAGCUAUCUGAGAGUGCGGAACCACCUAAUCGCGAACUCCUACGAGUUGGAACGUUUGAAGAAGUGCUGCCGGGAAACGCAGAAGCAGCUCUGGUGCCUGGAAAAGACGUCGGAGACGGAGAGUGGCGAGUGCCAGGACGGCAACCCCGUUUCCGCCGUCCACGAGUACUCGGUCGCCCAUUUCAAUCAGCAGGCCCUCGUGGUGCUCUCCAGGACCUUGUCCGCCAUCAAGGACACCCUGCAUGACAGCCAGGCGUUGUACUGCUACGAAGCGGAGUCCCUGCGUCUACAAAUCGAGCAUUACGUGCAAAGAGUAGCUAGAAGUUUUAACGAAUUUGCCAAUCUUUCGCAAACCGCUCCAGCGAACCUCCUGCCUGAACAGUCGCCGUCUCAGACCGCUCCACAGCUGGUGGAGCUCAGGAUGUGCGUGAGUUUGUUCAACUUCCAGCGUCGAGUUCUCAAGGACUGCAAGUUCGUCACGGACACCAGGGAAUGGCUGUCGCGGCUGGUGGCAGUGCUACUGAGAGUCGCCACGUGGCAGGAUCAUCUGUUCAUCCUGAGUCACAUCCUGCGAUGUCCCGGUGGCGUGAUGAACUGGGCCAAGUCGUUCGUCCAGGUGCCGGUGCCUCAGAAGAUCUCCGGAUUGAGUUCCUCGCCCUUCAACGACCCGUAUCUUGAUCACAUGAUCGCUACUCUGGCGGCGAUCCUUCUACCGAUCAAGGAUCGGGAUAAGUUCCUGGAACAGGUGCAGGUGUCCCUGCAGGACACCACGAGCAGUCCCGGGGACACGGUGUGGGUGAUGCUGGACGAAGAGGGCGAGGAAGACGAGGACAUUGCCAACGUCGGGGCCAAUCUCUUCGAGAGCGACUUGAUCUCCCUCCUCAAUCAGAUCCCACUGAACAGGAUCUUCGAGCAGGUGCUGUUCAUCCAGUGCCGGAACGACAAGUACGAGCAGGAGCGGAAUGCCAUCACGGAUCACCACAUGUUGCGUCUCUUCGCCUUCUAUACCGUUCUCGUCAAACUGCUGAAGCAGGGUCUGAAGACCUACGACUCGCCGCGAUAUAGACAGCUGGCGAAGAGACUCAGCGCCUUAAUUAGAGAUGUUGUUCAAUACGCCAGCGAUCAGUGGGAGGCCUUUGAUAGAAGCCAGAUAACUGAUGAAUCGAUGCUGCUAAAGCUGCAAAUGGAGUAUGACUGCUUCUUUCUGAGGGCAAUUCUCUGUAUAUUUUCAUCGAGGCGUCUAGGUGCCUGGCAAUACCUUGCAGCAAUACCAUAUUACAUUAUUUCAUCGACUACCUUGUGGUACAUCUUCUACAUUCUGCACACUGAUUCUACGCUUGGUGACACAGCAACAUCAAAUAUGUCUGUUUCAGAUUGGGAGGCAGAGUUAAGUUGUCCUGACCUUCAUAAGCAAUUUGAAGAGAAGUUGGGCAGCCUGCCAGGUGACGAGUCUUACUUUCUGCUGACAACUUUUGCUAAUAUGGCCAUGGCAAGAGCCCACAAGGAUUACGACUUCGUAAGAACGACCACAAUCGAUCUGUUUCAAAUUGGAUUUCUCAGUGAGAAGACUCAAGAGUCCUGUUCGAAGGACGCGAGAUCACUUUUGUCGAAUUUGACCAGCAAAUAUCCCACUCUUCUGUCUGACAUCUUGCAAAAAUUGAAGGACAAUUUUGUAUCAGUCGGGAAGCUGAGUUUAUAUCUGUUCACGGAACUGAAAAUAGGAAUGUGGACACCUCAGCAGCAGGACAUAGCAAUUUUGUCUACUUGGUUGCAUCAGCAUCCCCUAACUUCGUCCGAAAGUCAUCUAGCACGACUGAUUCUUACACACUUGAAUUGGGGCCUUAACACAAAUGACAAUUUGUAUCUUCCGAUUGAUUUACAUCGACAAGUGGCGUUACUAAUUGUCGAGCUUAUGAUGAAAUACGUGCCCGACACCCCGAUGCAGUCGGCCUCGCUAUUAGCUGAAGGUGUAAAGCAGGUCUCUUCGAUGGUGAGACCGCAGAACAGCGAGCAGGCGUUCAGCCUGUGGUCGUGGGAGAUGCUGAAUCGCCUAAGAUUGCACCAAUUGGACCGAUCGGAAUCCGUAUGCCGGAAUGCGAUCUCGAACCCGGCCGAGGGUCUCGCGCACGUGCCCGACAUGGAGUCGAAUUCCAGCCUGGAGAUCCUAGCCAAGGGGGUGCGCGAGAAGCAACCGAUUGCCUGCUACGCCUCGGUGUUGAUGACCUUGUGGGGCCACUCGGUGCCGCUGAUUUGCGUCGAGGGUUUUGGCCAGUUGCAGACCCUGCAGUGCUUCUACAAGUACGAGCAAGUCCUGGUGUGCCUGCACCGGCUGAUACCGCUGUUCCUCGACUGUCCGGACUCGUUGCUGAAGAACGAUAAGUUUGUUAGUCUGAUCGUGCCGCUCAUCGCCGCCGACCGGACCUACAUGAAGAUGGCGAAGAACCUGAUCGCCCCGGAAUUUCCCGGCCCAAUCCUCAGACAGUUCGCGAACAUGAUCGAGUCGCACUUGUGUUACUUCAAACGGUAUUGCUUGAACAGUCCUGAACGUUUCGUGCAUCUGUGGCUGAACGUGCUGAUACUUGUUCAGGAUUGGAAUAAGGAUCAUAGCGUGAUGUAUUUGAUGGAUACUGUGAUCCGCGCGGCAUUCUUUCACUUGGAAACUCGAAUGACGUUGGACAACAUGUUUCAAAAUCUUUUCUGCCCUGCUUUAGACGGAAGUAAUGAGAACAUAUCGUCCGUUCGGACGCCAGGAUCGUUCGGGUCCUUCUUGAGCUGGGCGACGGGAUGCUCCAGCUCGGCUAGUCUCCUCGGUGGAACCGUCCAAACGAUUUGGCUCGCUUAUCAGAUUCUGCUGACGGAGCAAUACGAUAGGGAAUUGAAGACCGGACUUUGGCGGGAGAUCCUGCGUGAAUUGUCUAUGCAGCCAAAGAUAUCUCUGGACACUGCCCUCAAGAGAGCCUGUACAACGGUGAAGAUGACUCCCUUCGGCGUAAAUAAUCUGGCUAUCUAUCGUUGGUCCCAGCAGGCCCUCGACACACCUAUGGAUCAUCCAAUCCUGCCUCUUCUGUGGCAAAACUUCUUUAGCUUAUUCCUUGCACGAGCUCCUAUCAUAUCAGGAUCUAUGGAUAAAGGUGGCUUUGGAGAAAAGUUUUUCGAAGGAAUGAUAAAUCUAAGUUACUUGAAGAAGCUGAAGAAGCGAUUGCACGAAACGACGGAAUAUUUUCAAGUUAAAGGGGAGAAAGACACGGACAACGGGAAACCGAUCACCGAUGAGCGACGUGUAUUUUAUCUUAGCACAGCAAAAUUCUACAAAACACUGAGCCUCUGGUUGGAGGAACCCCGUCUUCAGGAACCGGGACUUUACCUUCCAGCUCUGCCACCGCAAUACAUGUCGCAAAAGCUAAUUUUGCUAGUGCAAGGAGAUCGAACACUCUGGCUGGAGUAUAUCGACUAUUGGACGGUGCAGCAAAGCCAGCUGAAGGCGGUGCGCGAGUGGGAACGCGCGAUAUUUCGCGAUUCCGAGAACCAGCCAGGGGUCCAGAGGUCCCAGAGCGCUUCGGCGAACGUCGCGGAAUCGAUCGACCCUCUUCGCCGAAUUUUCCGCAGACUAAGCGCCUAUGAAUCGCCACUUUCGCCCCCAGCUCUGAGUCGUAAUCAGCCGGUGUUGGGCUGCGUGGUCAGGGAGAGUCUCUACAACUCCGCCGCCGUCAUCGAUAUGGUCAAACCCCAUCUCCGAGUCGUCCUUGACUAUGCACAGACCUACAAUCUCAUGAUAUCCGAGCACACUGCGGUGGACUGCAGCUUUCUCGAAUUGGUCCCGACUCUCUAUCGGGUCUACGAGAACCACGUGACUCUGCACGCCCUCUGUGACCCCGCGCCACCCGGUCAGAGACGUUCCAGAUCGGGCACACCUCCAACAGUGCACUGCGCAGGCCCUGCGAUCAUCAAGAUUACAGUCGAAGAAGCACACGUCAGUGAAGGUGUAGAUCACAUGAUAACCCAGAACCGAGCCGAGUACGAGAAUCUUUUGGUGAAAGCUAGUCAACCACCACCCAGCAAGGUCACCCUUGGCUGCGUCUUCAUCGAUCAUUUGAUUGCGAUGCUGGAGCAUGAGUUAACUGUCAGUCGCACCAACGAAAAUACCGCGAUACUACGCAAGGUACAGGAGAGCGGAGUCAAGCUGUUCUAUCACCUGGUAGAAUUCUACACGGAGGAAGCGGCCUUGUGUCCUUCCACAAAACAACUCAUCACUACUUGUCUAGAGAAGUUGGGCCAGUUGUUCAUCAGCGGCGAGGAAAUUCAAGGCCCGCAAUUGCUAAGCACAAUCAUUCAGAGGCCGAAUCUGGGGGGCCUGUUGGGACCACAUUUCACACCCGUGGCUGGUGGAGCCACCACGUUCUUGCAAAUGUACCAAACCGUCGUGGACUUGUCCACUGGCUCGAACGUCGAUUUGUGCUUUGUCUUGCUGUCCAAGUUCGACGUCGGCAGCUGGUUGAAUUAUCGCCGUCCGCGAUUGAGCGAACGAUCCACUUUCAUAGAUCUAGUUUCCAAAGCGUUGUACAACAUUGGUCUAAAUCCCGAAGAAGAGAAGCUGAUGCUGCACGAACUCUUCCGAAAUCAUCUACGACUCAUUCUUCUACACGAGUUCCCUGAACACUACGGCGAGGUACUGAGCGCGGUGCUGAGAGGAUCCGAGAGCCAGAAUCUGUCAUUGGAUGUUUGGCGCGAUUUGCUGGGAGCUCUCAGCGGCAAGUCGAAGAACGUCGGGCCUAUAUAUCCUGCCAAGAUCAGAGAGGAUAUCAGACAUUAUGCCACGGAACAGAGGCUACUGUCUCGCCAAGAGAUGCACGACACGGCUGUACUUCUAAGCCGACACUUCAUGAAGGAAAGAUUACAGUAUGGACUGUACGGUCUCUACCCGAAGUACAGGAUCUACAAUGAACCGUUGACCGUGUUUCUGGGUAUGGUCGGCCACGCUUUAGUCGUGUUAACGCUUCAGGCUGAUCGAGGAUCGCUUGCGGAUCAAUUGUGCGAGAAGAUCUGGCCGGUGUUGAGCGAGAUGUACGCGCCGUGGAUCACCCCGUACUGGACGAGAAACUUGCGGGAGCCUACAGCCGCGUGGAUCCAGCAAUUGACGGACGACAGGUCGGUGCUGCUGCCGUGGAUCAUUACCGACGGACCCUACGCGAAUCGGACGAUGGCGAUGUUCGCCGAGUGUGUCCGCUUCAUCGUCGACACCAUGCCGGCGUCGAGCAAGAUUCUCAGCUUUGUGUGGCAGUUCUACGUAUCCAACUAUGCCCACGUGUCCGUUAAGGAUCACGUGCUGAACGUGGUGCACGGAAACUUCCUGUCCCUUCCUUGGGACCGUUUCUGCCCCGCCGUCAAUGACAUCGAGCUAAUGAUCAGGGUCAUUGAUCAGUAUCUACCGGACUGCCACCUGUUCUUGGGAAGCAUCUUCACCUGUAUCAACUGGUCCGCCUGGAUCGGCGAGCUAAUGGCCACGCAGCCGCUGCCAGUCGCCGCCAGGAUGCACAUCUGUUUGCUCAAUUUGCUGGUGAAGCUGUCAAACGAACCUAACGUCAGACAGAACGAGAAAGCAGUACAGUUGGUUACUGAAGCCGAGAGUUUCUCGUGGCACUUGAUCGACGCCGCGGCUUACGACCAAGUGAUCAACUGGCAUGUGAUGAGCUGCGAUCCCAGGGUGAUUUUGUGUCUGGGCAAAGACCAGACUCACGCUAUCGACGUAGCCGUCAACAAUUUACUGAAAAUAGUGGCGGCUUACGAUCCUACAGUAAAACACUUUCAUCCCACCACCUUGAAGAAGCGACAGAUGUACGUGCGUUCUAUGGUAAAAUUGCUGAUCAACUGUACAACGAGACACAAGUCCCUUCUCUCGACCAACAGCAAAGUGUUCACCAAUACGUUGUCGCGGAUGCUGGAUGAUAUGGAGAUUGUUAUCACCAGCACUGUCUCUGAAUCGCAACAGGUUGCCGAGGCCGGCCUGCUGAUCACCGAGUUUCUGCAUUCGAUCAAUCAGAGCGGGGUGCUGGUCGAUCAUCUUCGUAGCAGCUGGACAGCGUGGCUGCUGGAGCGAACAGCCAGCAGUCCGGUGCUGAUGGGCGUGUUAAGGGUGAUCGGAAUGGCAGUCGCUUCUUCGUCUACCUUGGGCCACCUGAUGGAGGCUGCGUUGGAGGCUUACUUCAAGUAUAACGUAACGGAAGAGGUUCAGCCCACCUGGGCGUCGGUGCUGACGAUUUUGCAGUCUAUCGUGCCUCGUCAACCGCCACUGGAAUCGGUGUUGGUGUCUGAGGGAAGAUUGCUGGCCCUUUACUCUGUGUUGCUGAAGAGACUCCCGUCCUGCAGAGACAUCCGGGAGGAAGGCAUGCUGCUGAUCAACUUGGUGGAUUGGAUCAACGCUAUUAAAACCACGGACAUUGUGGAGGAGAAGCUACCUCUGUUGUGGGUGAAAGCGUGCGAACUGGCCUACAGGCAGUGUCAAUACAGUGAGAACACGGUGAUCGCUGCUAGAGCUUUAAAGGGGCUGGCACGAGCUUUGCUGAUUGUAGCGGACGACGCAGGACAAGGCUGGGGUAUCCUGGGGGCCAUCGGACUAAGGAAAGGCUCCCAGCUUACCGUAAGAUGCAAGUUCCUCAGCCGCGCAACAGCUGUUUACUGCCUGGCGCAGCUACCGGAGUCCAAGUCCGAUCAGCAGCUGGUUCGGUACACACCUCACUCGCCCGGGGUGGCGCCCUCGCGAUCGACCGAUCCGGAUACGAUGGAGAUCCGACCUAGCGUAGAGGCAGUGAAGGCGAUGCAGAGCCUGGAAGGGCUGCUGAUGAACAAGCAGUACGCGGAGCUGCGCGGGGACGUAGAGAAGGUUAUCAGACUUGUCAGAGACUCCGCCAACUCACUGCACAACGCCGUCGGAAUCGUCGGCGCCCUCACUGCCGAGCUCUACAAUCAAAGAUACCUGCACGUGCUGACGGAAUAAUACUAGUUGCACCUAUUUUGACCUGGCUUCGAAGUAUGGUCACGUGACGCGAUUUUUAAACCAAAGUUUUCAGAGUCGUUCUAUCGAGUGUUUCGAGAUCUUCGGGACUCUUUCGACAUUUGAUAAGACAAAAAUAAGGGGAACCAGUCGAAUGCCUGUCGCUACGUAGACCUCACCAAAUAUAACGACGCGUUUAAAUCGAUUGCUUGUUUGAAACUCGAAGAUUAAGAAUACAUUGCGAAAUUGCUUAUUAUAUAUAUAAUAUAUAUUAUAUAGGAUGAGGCAUAUGUAUAUAU